AUGGGUUCAACUCCGUUUUGCUAUUCAAUCAAUCCUUCACCAUCAAAGCUCGAUUUCACGAAGACCCAUGUGUUUAGUCCCGUUGCUAAACAGUUCUAUCUAGAUUUAUCAUCGUUUGCCGGAAAAUCGGGAGGAGGAGGAUUAUCUGGGUUUAGGAACCGUCGCGGAGUGGUCGGGGUAAAGGCGACGGAAACGGCGUUGGUGGAGGAGGAGAAGAGGGAGGCAGUGACGACGGAGAAGAAGAAAUCGAGGGUUUUGGUAGCCGGAGGUGGAAUCGGAGGUUUAGUGUUUGCUCUUGCGGCGAAGAAGAAAGGGUUUGAUGUUUUGGUGUUUGAGAAGGAUUUGAGUGCUAUAAGAGGAGAAGGACAAUACAGAGGUCCGAUUCAAAUACAGAGCAACGCUUUGGCUGCUUUGGAAGCCAUUGAUAUUGCUGUUGCAGAAGAAGUUAUGGAAGCUGGUUGUAUCACCGGUGAUCGGAUUAACGGUCUAGUCGACGGUGUCUCUGGUACUUGGUAUGUCAAGUUUGAUACUUUCACUCCUGCGGCGUCACGGGGACUUCCCGUGACUCGAGUAAUUAGCAGAAUGACUCUGCAGCAGAUCUUAGCACGCGCGGUUGGAGAAGAAGUGAUUAGAAACGAGAGUAAUGUUGUUGAUUUUGAAGACUCUGGAGAUAAGGUCACUGUGGUGCUCGAGAAUGGUCAACGCUAUGAAGGUGAUCUACUUGUUGGUGCAGAUGGCAUAUGGUCUAAAGUGAGAAAUAAUUUGUUCGGACGAAGUGAAGCUACUUAUUCAGGCUACACUUGUUACACCGGCAUUGCGGAUUUUGUACCAGCUGAUAUCGAAUCUGUUGGCUACCGGGUUUUCUUGGGACACAAACAGUACUUUGUUUCUUCCGAUGUUGGUGGUGGAAAAAUGCAAUGGUAUGCAUUUCAUGAGGAACCAGCUGGUGGGGUCGAUGCUCCAAAUGGUAUGAAGAAGAGAUUGUUUGAUAUAUUUGAAGGUUGGUGCGACAAUGUACUCGACUUAUUGGAUGCGACAGAGGAGGAUGCGAUCCUGAGAAGAGAUAUCUAUGACAGAAGUCCUAGUUUUACUUGGGGUAAAGGGCGUGUUACGCUGCUCGGGGAUUCUAUUCAUGCGAUGCAGCCAAAUAUGGGUCAAGGUGGAUGCAUGGCCAUUGAGGAUAGUUUUCAACUAGCAUUGGAGCUUGAAGAAGCAUGGAAACGGAGUGUUGAAACUAAUACACCUGUUGAUGUUGUUUCCUCUUUGAAGAGAUACGAAGAAUCUAGAAGACUAAGAGUCGCUAUUAUUCAUGGAAUGGCGAGAAUGGCUGCAAUUAUGGCUUCCACUUACAAAGCAUACUUAGGUGUUGGGCUUGGUCCUCUCUCUUUCUUGACCAAGUUUAGAGUACCGCAUCCCGGAAGAGUUGGUGGGAGAUUCUUCAUUGACAUUGCUAUGCCUUUGAUGCUUAACUGGGUCCUUGGAGGUAACAGUGAAAAACUCGAAGGAAGGUCACCUAGUUGCAGACUUACUGACAAAGCCGAUGACCGGCUUCGUGAGUGGUUUGAAGACAACGAAGCUCUUGAACGCACUAUAAAUGGAGAAUGGUCUCUGAUCCCACAAGGCAACGAUUGUUGCGUUUCGGAAACAUUAUGUCUAACCAAAGACGAGGAUCAACCUUGCAUUAUCGGAAGUGAACCUGAUAAAGAUUUUCCUGGAAUGCACAUUGUUUCGAAGAUGCAUGCGCGUAUAAUCUACAAAGAUGGAGCUUUCUUCGUGAUGGAUCUUCGAAGCGAACACGGGACCUAUGUGAUCGAUAACGAAGGAGGAAGAUACAGAGCAACACCCAAUUUCCCGGCUCGGUUUAGACCGUCCGAUAUCAUCGAGUUUGGUUCCGAUAAGAAGGCGGCCUUUAAGGUGAAAGUGAUCAGGAAAACUCCGAAGUCGACGAGUAAGAAUGAGAGUAACGGUAAAUUACUUCAGGCAGCUUGA